AGGAGGAGAAGUGAAGCUGGAGGAACAGAGUAAAACAGAGUGAGAGAGCUAGAGACCUGGACCAACCUCUGACAACUUACAUCUCGCCUGGAUGUGCGGGAGACUGGAAGUGAUGCCUCGCAUGCACGCCACUCAGCUGGACCUUCUCUAGCUCUUGGCUUCUCUUCACUUCCCACACCGUCCUCCUGCUCUCGCCGCGAUCAUGAGGAGAGGUCGUCUCAUCUUAUCCGCGUUCCUGAUGGUCAUCUUCUCCGCCGACUUCUACUUCAUCCUCCUGCCGAAGCUGUCGAGGAUGACACGAGGAUCGAGAGAUGUUUGCUCUUGCAGCCUCAACGACAACCUCAGCCUUCCCAAUCAGGGGGGUCUGGCCACCCCGCCGCUCUCCAGCUGGAUUUCUGUUCCACCCCUGGACGGGGUCAAAACCAACCACAGGUACGAGGGCUCGAAGCUGGAGAGGCUGUUUGCUCAUCCUCUGUAUAACAUCCAUACCACUGCGCUGGAGCCGGACGAGACGCUGCUGCAGAUGAAGCAGCUGAUGGAGUAUUACAGUCGAAAGGUGGCACACUGGGAUAGGCACAUAAAGUACUAUAACGAGGCAGCAGCCGCCUCCAACAUCAGCAUAAUCCAACACGAAGCCAUCUUUGACCCGAGAUCUAGCUGGUUGAAGUUCCACGUGGGAAUAAACCGCUAUGCUCUGUACGAUCGCAACAACCCAGCUAUCCCAGAACUCCUCCAAGACAUGCAGACCAUGAAGAUCAUCAGUGCAGAUUACACUCAAGACGAAAAGGCCCUCAAAGGAGAAUGUGAUUGUUCCAAAGUGGUGAAGCCCAGUGGACAUCACCUCAAACUGGCUCUGAAGAUGAAGAACUUGGCCAAGGCCAUGUUCAAACCUAUGAGGCAACAAAGGGACGAAGAGACAUCAGAAGACGUCUUCUACUUUGUUGACUACCAGAGACACAAUGCAGAAAUUGCUGCUUUUCACCUGGACAGGAUCCUGGACUUCCGGAGGGUCCCGCCGGUGGUUGGCAGGCGGGUAAAUAUCUCAGGAGAAGUCCUGCAUUUAACCUACAAUGAAGAUCUACGCAGCGUGUUCUUUGUCUCACCUGCACACAACACGUGUUUCUUUGCCAAGUGCCUGUACAUGUGUAAGACGGAAUACGCUGUGUGUGGGAGCCCCGACCUGCUGGAGGGCUCGCUGUCUGCAUACCUGCCUGGCCUCAGCAUUGCGCCCCGCAUCUCCAUCCCCAACCCCUGGAUACGGUCCUACACUUUCACUGGAAAGGAAGAGUGGGAAGUGAAUCCGUUCUAUUGUGACAACAUAAAGCAGCUGUAUCCCUACAACUCAGGCAACAGGCUCCUCAACAUCAUCGACAUGUCCAUCUUUGACUUCCUCAUGGGCAACAUGGACAGACACCACUAUGAGAUUUUCACCAAAUUUGGAGACGAAGGGUUCCUUCUUCACUUGGACAAUGCCCGAGGGUUUGGGAAGUACUCCCGCGAUGAGAUAUCCAUCCUGGCUCCACUUUCGCAGUGUUGCAUGAUCAAGAGGUCCACACUGGCGCGGUUGCAUCUCCUUGCCCAGCCAGCGUACAGACUGAGUGAUGUCAUGAAGGAGUCUCUGGACGGGGACCCUUUGCGGCCCAUCUUGACAGAGUCCCACUUCAUGGCGCUGGACCGUAGGCUACAGAAGGUCCUACGAGUUGUCCGUCGGUGCAUGAGGAGGCUGGGCGAGGACGAGGUGAUCACCAAGGACUUUAUUAAAUACAUACCUCAACCUAAGACUGUUGAACCAGCUGACACAGAGAAGGAAACAGGCAGGUAGCAGCCGGAUAAAGGGACAUCGCUCUGAUUUAUUGCACUAUAGAAGACUUCAGGAUGGAGCACAGUAUCAGUGUACAUCUGAAGAAGCCAUAAACAGAUGAGCUGUGAAGACUGAACUCCUCAAAGACUCCAAAGCAGAAAAGUCUCAUUUUUUUGGAGAUUCAGAAAGUGAAACACAGCAGGCUUCAAAUUCCACUCUCAGAGGGAGACGUACUUUUAUGUCCUUUUGUUUCUCUCAUGGCCAUAAAGUCCUCUCAGUGGUGGUUUUUAUGAGGGGGGCCUCUCACAUUUGACAUGCACCUGUGCAUGCACACACACAACAGAGCGAUUAAAAUUACGCUAAAGGCAUUUUGAGCAGUGGUGGGAACAACUCUUAAAUGUUAGCUUGAUAACUGCUAAUCUGCUAGAUGGAAAGUUAACUGUGAUAAUGAACUGCUGAACCAUUAAACAUUUAGCUGAUGCUAAAGAUUUAGCCAUUAACCCCCAACUUUUAUUAUAUGAAUUACGUUUGGCUUUGCUUGUGUGUGAUUUAAAACUGCUUAAAUAUUUAGGUGAAGCUAAAGAUUUAGCCACAAACUGCUAAUUUUUAUUCUAUGAAUUAGGUUUGGCUUUGUGUGUGUGUGUGGUUCUAAACUAAAACAUUUAGGUGAAGCUAAAGAUUUAGCCACUGAAAGCUAACUAUUAUUCUAUAAAUUAGGUUUGGCUUUGUGUGUGUGUGGUUUGCAACCACUAAAACAAUUGGCUGAAGCUAAAGAUUUAGCCACUAACUUAACUUUUAUUCUAUGAAUUAGGUUUGGCUUUGUGUGUGGUUCGAAACUGCUAAAACGUUUAGGUGAAGCUAAAGAUUUAACUACUACCCGCUAACUUUUUUUUAAUAUGAAUUAGGUUUGGCUUUGUGUGGUUCGAAACUGCUAAAACGUUUAGGUGAAGCUAAAGAUUUAGCUACUACCCGCUAACUUUUUUUUUAUAUGAAUUAGGUUUGGCUUUGUGUGUGGUUUGAAACUAAAACGUUUAGGUGAAGCUAAAGAUUUAACUACUACCUGUUAACUUUUAUUCUAUGAAUUAGGUUUGGCUUUGUGUGUAUGUGGUUCUAAACCGCCAAAACACUUGGGUGAUGAUGUAGCCACUGCUAACUUAUUCUAUGAAUUAGGUUUGGCUUUGCGUGUGUGUGGUUCACAACCACUAAAACACUUGGGUGAAGCUAAAGAUUUAGCCAAUAACUUAUAUGAAAUACACGUGGCUUUUUAUGUGUGGUUCUAAACUGCUAAAACAUCUAGGUGAAGCUAAAGAUUUACCCACUAACUUAACGUUUAUUCUGUGAAUUAAGUUUGACUUUGUGUGUGUGUGUGGGGGGGGGGGGGGGGGGGGGGGGGGGGUUCUAAGCCACUAAAACUUUUAACUGCUAAUUUAUACAAAGGUUAUAUAAACAUACGGAUUUUACUGUGUGAUCAGACAUGCAUCCUUUUUAAAAAUGCAAUUACAGGAUAAUGGAUGAGUUGCACUCGAUGUCAUCAACAAUUCUGUUAUGCCGCUUUAAGCUAUAUUGUUUAACUUUUCUUUUGAAACAAAUUUGUACGCCAUCAUUGCUAGCACAUUUACAGAUGCCUGCAGCAUCACGCCGAGCAAGCACAAACUGCAGAAUAAGAACUAAUCUGACAAGAGGCGGCUGCCGCGUCAGUCCGCUUCAGCCAACAACGCAGAUUUAACUUGUGCUCACCUGCGACGCUUCGAUACAUAAAUACUCCAGAUAUCCUGAAUCAAUAAACACUCUUGACUCCAUCUCAUAAAAACCCCAUUUUAAAAAGGUUUUCUCCCAGUGAACAUCGUACACAACACAAUUACACAGUUUCAUCGGUUUACAAGAAGAAGCUUUUAUUUACUUUGUGGCACUGGACACCUAAAAUAGAAUUUAUGGAAAAAUAAGUGUUUACAAAAGACAGUAAAACAGAUUUUUUUUAAGAUCACCAUCACUUCAAGACCAUAGCCAAAACAUCAGUUUAUCAUUAUUCAAUAAUAAUAUAAUAAUAAACAGAACUAUGAUAAUUUAAGGAUACUAUGAUAGCAUUUUGAUUAGAAAUGAUAGCAAAAGAGUGACCAAGUUAUUUGGUAUAGUU